UAAUGUACUAUCUAAAUAUCAAACAGGACCUUAGCAAUUCAGCCGUAGCCUAGUACCUCUCUGGACCUCCAAACGAUCUGAACCCAAAACCCUAGUUUCUCUCCAAACGAUCUGAACCUGCUGAUCUAAAGGAAUUCAUAGCGUGGUUUGUCUUUGUGGAUUUCAGCCUCAGGAAAAUGAAGAUUAUUGCUGCGUACUUGCUCGCCGUUUUGGGAGGCAACGCCAGCCCUUCCACCGAUGAUUUGAGACACAUUCUCUGUUCAGUUGGAGCUGAGGCUGAGGAUGAGAAAAUUGAAUUCCUCUUGAAAGAAGUUGAGGGAAAAGACAUUACUGAACUGAUAGCUUGUGGAAGAGAAAAAUUGGCUUCAGUUCCAGCUGGUGGUGGCGGUGGUGUUGCAGUGGCAGCUGCUGUUGGUAGUGGUGGUGGUGCUGCUGCUGCUGCAGCCGCUGCUCCUGCAGAAGAGCCAAAGAAAGAGGAGAAAGUAGAAGAGGAAUCUGAUGGGGAUAUGGGUUUCAGCCUCUUCGAUUAGAGGAUUUUGGUGUUGGCUUUAUCUUUCUUUUUGGCCUUGUUGGGAUUUCUGUUCUAGUUUUAGCUGGAGACUUAGACAUUUUAGUUUAGGGAACUUAGUUAAAUGCGAAAAUAUAAUUUGUUAAGUCGGCAGUGCACUGUGUUGAUUGAUACGAGUCGCGGACAUCUUAUUUUGGUUUUGCAAGAAAUACUACUUUUCAGGACUGCUUUCUGGUCCGUAA